GUAUGUUAAUUCAUAGUGGUUACAUGACUGUUUUGGAAUAAAAGGAACUGAAAAGCUUUCAUGUUAUGGUAAGUAAAAAUUGAUGAUGGAGUUGCCCAUCUGUUGAGGCUUUGGUCAGUCAAUAAUAAUUCACUUAACCAGUUUACAUUGUGUUGAUCAAUCUGUUUUUUAGUUUCAGUUCAUUGUCUGAGUACUUCUCUUUUGGAAAUUCAUCAUUGUAUUUGUGUUAGAACCGAACCUAGUGUCAAGCAAAUCUUAUUCAUGAUGUAAGUUCUAAUGAACAUGAUUAAAUGUUGCAUAGUAUCCCCUCAAAUGUUCCAUUUAAUGUGCAUUUAGUUUGAGCAGAGAGUUUCCAAGUGUGCCAAGAAUUAUGUUUUCCUUAUUAACGAUCAUUUUUAUUUUCCAUAAAAAUUCAGGACACACUGUUAGAGUUAGUAAUACCAACCCUGAACUUGGAAAAGAGAAAUUUUUAUCAAAGUUCCGUCCAGUCAAUGCCCCUUAAUACUAAUUGCAUGUCUUGGAAUCCAAAUGAACGACAAGUUUCACCUCCUGUAUCUAAGGAUGUGAGCUUCAAAAUGGAACUUCCACCACAACUUCAUCAUGAUGCAAAGCAUUUAGGCCUUCAAGUACAACCUGACCCCGGAUCAGGCACAACACAGUCAAUUGGUCAAUCUCAAGGUCAAUGCGUUUCUUCUGAAUCUGGUGAGGAUGAUGCUCGUGGCAAGGGUGUUGAAGGGACAAUGAAGCCAGCUUUCUUGAGUAAUUUAGAUUUCAUGCCGCAUCCUUCUCAAGCUGGUUACAGCAAUGUAGUGACUCAAUUCCAUCCUUAUGCUGAUCCUUACUAUGGUGCAUUUGUGACUCCCUAUGGCCCACAGGCUAUGCCCCCUAUGGUUGGGAUGGGACCUCCACGAGUUCCAUUGCCUCUUGAUCUUCAAGAAGACGGACCCAUUUACGUCAAUGCAAAACAGUACCAUGGAAUCCUCCGAAGGAGACAGUCACGUGCAAAGCUGGAGGCUCAAAACAAACUUCUAAAAGCUCGAAAGCCAUAUCUUCAUGAGUCUCGGCAUCAACAUGCACUGAAUAGGGUUAGGGGUUCUGGUGGACGUUUUCUCAGCAAAAAGGAGCUCCAACAAUAUGAUCAGAACCACACCAGUAGCUCCAAUGAUCAUGUCUCGGGUUCUAUCGACUUCCAUCAGAAGGAUACACCACAGAGAGAAAAUCAUCACUCGGGAAGCAAUGAUCUAGUCACUUCUGUUGCAAGUCACUCGGGCAUAACAAGUGUUUCUGGUACCAAUGCUAUGUUUCGGCAGCCAGACCGCAGGUUCUCAGGUGGCAUGUCUUCCCACAUGAGUGGAGCCAUGCAAUUCAGUGGGAGGCUUAUGGGCGGUGGAAACCAGCACUGUGCUUCUGUUGUCCGGUGAGAGGUGUGCACAAACUGUGACCAUCUCACCGGUUUGGCAAUUCAUCCUUGGCUUUGUCACUUCAACAUUCUACAUUUAUCUCAUGGAAGUGGCAUUUAGUAGACUCUGUAAUGUAACGGGGUCUUAGUAUUGUCUUUUCAUAAUGAAAUAGUUAAACUACAGCACAUAAGAUUCUGUUUGAAUUUCAGAUCAAAAACAAAACAGUUUGGUUAUUACUAGUCAGAUUCCGGUACUGUUAUCACAGAUGCUUUGCUUUCUUCUGACAAAUUCUUUUGAAAAGAUAUGAACCGGAGUA